GACAUCGGGUAGUCGUGGAUUCCUGCGCGCGCUGGGAGGCCACCGGCUGAGCGGUUUCCGGCGGCGCGGCCUGUACUCGCUGUCAUGUGGGCUCUCGCUGUGUUCUUGCUGCUGGUGACGGCGUUCUUGUGGAUUCGGAGGCCGCAGCGACCGUCCAACUUUCCGCCGGGCCCUCCAACAUUUCUCAUCUUUGGCAAUAUUUGGACGGUGAUUGACUGGAUUCGGGGCCAGUUUCUUGCGAGCAUGAGCCAUUGUCAGCACGAGUUUGGAGAUAUUCUUGGCUUCGUGCUUCCUACGGGUGACAAGAUUGUGCACAUUCGCAAGUUCGAAGACAUCAAAGAGGCCUGCGCGAUGCACGAGCUGUCUGGAAGACCGAACAACUUUGCUCUGCUAGUCCGCAGCUUCCAACAAAAGCUGGGUGUCAUAAUGAACGAAGGCCCUUCCUGGGUAGAGCACAGGCGCUUUGCUUUGAGGCACCUAAGGGAUCUGGGCCUCGGGAAAAACUCCAUGGAGUCGACAGUUUUGAACGAAUUCGAAGAGCUCUCCCAGGAGAUGACACGUGACAUUGACUCACCGAUGAAAGUUAACUUCCGCUUUAACUUGACGGUGCUGAACAUACUCUGGAGACUGGUCGCCGACAAGCGGCUGGAGAGUAGUGAUCCCAAGGCCCAACACUACAUCGCGGCGGUCAAUGACUUAGUCACUACCAUCGGUCCGGGUAACCCGAUGAACCUGGCGCCGUGGCUGCGUCACAUCGCCCCCGAGUGGAGCGGCUACGGGCCGCUGAUCCGACAUCGCGAUACUACGAUCGGCAUGUUCCACGAGGUGGUCCACGAGCAUCGGCAGACGCUGGACCGCUCCAGCCCCCGCGACUUCGUCGACCAGUUUCUGCUGGAGAUGGAGAAGCCAGACGCUGAGGCUCGCCUCUUUACCGAACGCAACCUGUCCAUCAUCGGCAUGGACUUCUUCGUCGCCGGCAUGGAGACGACGUCCACCUCUCUGAGCUGGGCGUUGCUCUUCAUGGUCAAGUAUCCGGAGUUGCAGAAUCGCGUACAGCGCGAGAUCGACGCUGUUCUCGGCGCAAGUCCGCCGACCUACGGCGACCGCAUGCGCAUGCCGUACACUGAGGCCACGCUGAUGGAGGUGACGCGGCGUUCCAACGUCCUCCCUCACGCAGUGCCGCACAGUGCAUUGAGCGACCUCUCAUUCCGCGGCUACACCAUCCCCCAGAGCACCACGGUGAUCAUGGACUUGGACAUGGUGCACAUGGACCCGGCGUACUGGGGUGACCCGGAGGCGUUCAGGCCCGACCGGUUCCUGCACGCGGACGGUAGCGUGCGCCAUGAUGAGCGGCUCAUCCCAUUCGGCAUCGGGAAGAGGUUUUGCCUGGGAGAGACGCUGGCGCGCAUGGAGAUGUUCAUCCUCUUCACCUGCCUGCUGCAGCGUUUUAGCUUCACCGCCGUUCCGGGGCAGAAACUCCCGCUGGAGACCAGGUUCGCGAUCGUGCAGCAGCCUCCCGAGUUCUUCGUGACCUACAAGCCGCGUGGUUAGGCUUUAUGAUGUACAAGCCGCGUGACUAGUCUUUAUGACCUACAAGCCACGUGACUAGCGAUGAGGCGGCGGCUACGCACCUACCUGAGCUGAGCCUCUCAAGCACCGGGAUACCACCUAAUGCUUGCAUGUCUGUUCCCCACAUUGAUUGCAUCUCCCUCACCAAUCAGCAAAAGAGAGUCGGUGGUGCUCGCACCUUAGCCAGCACAUAGGUACAAUGUCUGCUGAAUUCGCGGUCGGUGAGAUAAAGCAAAAGUUCCGACGACGGCGAGUGCGCUGAAGUGAGUCAGCAGGACCUGGUCACAUUUUGUUCUCCCCAGAUAUCACCCAUUUACAAGUGACUAGGAGCACCCAUCAUUGUCAGCCCGGCACGCAGAGCCUUGCUUUAACACCUUCAUUAGGAGCGAAAGCUGCGUCACUUCCAGUUAAGAACUUCUUAACACGCUACACACGCCAUCAAACCGGUACGUAAUUUACCAGCAGUACCGUGAUGUGAACAUCUGCUGGUGAGAGAUGGUGGAAAGAAUCCAGCUACAGUUACAGUUACAGUUAGUUUAGUUAAGGUGCAUCCACGUAGUGGCUGUUCUGUGCCUAGCCACGCAAGGAAUAGGAACCCAUCUAAAGGCGCGGCACAGAAACUGUUGCAAGGAGGCACUCAGCCGGACGCCUGGCAGAUGUAGCCAGCCGACACCGCCCGAAACAGCCCAAGUUUGGCGAUUGGAAGACUCGGCACGCGUUACCAAUAGAACACGCAGGGCAUUGGGAGAUUCGCUUUUCACCCCGUCUAAGUGAAGCUCGGAGGCUCCACCCCAAAUGUAGAGGAUGUGGAGGCAGAAGAGGAUGUGGGGAUGACGGUUUGUGCCGGAGAUGGUAAUGUGGAAGUUGUUGGUCUUUGUGAUAGGGGACUUAAUGCUGAUCAGUAUGAAGUCCGUCUUUUUGGGGUACAUCUUAAGGCUUUUUGACUGAAACCAGUUUUAAAGGCGUUGAAUACACUUUUCGACACGUGCUUUCAGAUUGGACAGGCCGAAGACAUCGCGGGGUAGCGGAGUCAAGGAGUUGGGUGUCAUCGGCGUCGGUUUGUAGGCGGUCGUAGAGUAGGAAGCUGGAUAGGUCGUUGAUGAAGAUGAGGAACAUGACUGGGCCGGCAAGGGAUCCCUGGGCCACCCCGUUGGAAUAGAGACAAGCAAAUAAAGAAAUUUUUAUGUUAAAUUGUUAAAUGUUAAGGAAAGUUAGGGAUAUGAUAAACUCGAAAUAAGCACCAGAAACUAUCCCAUACAGCAAGCACUAGAGUAGCAAAACAGGUUGCUUUUGACCUUAGUGUGACCUUUAUACCUGACCUUAGGU